AUGUGCCGGUAUGCUAGCGUGACUAGCAGAGCAUUAAGUGAGACGAAAAUACUAGCAAUCAACAUUGGUCGCUUCCCGGUAUCCAGAUCACAUAAUCGUAUUGCUGUUGAAGGAUGGAUGAACGCAAAGUCGGAAAGGCUUAUCCAAGAAUUUAAGACGUGGACGUCAAGUACAUACGUGGAUUCUUGA